CGGUGAUCGCCAAAAAACACUCGUGGAUCCGAGGCUGUAGCAGAGAUUCUCGCUGGGAACCGCUUGUCGAGAUCAGUGUCGAAAAAGUGAGGUAUACUCUUUUGAUCAGUUCUGUACGAUGUAAAAGACGAUCGCGGGUAUGUACACGUGGAAAAGCGAUUCAGUGCAAUGUCUGUAGGGUUUAGUGACUGAAGUGAGGCAGAAUCUCUCAGUGUUGUCUACAUGCGUUCUCAAAGCGUUGAGCGAAUAGGGGGUUAAGAAGCACUUCUUCAAGGCAUGCUAAGCAGCCAAGGAGGCAUUACACCGUUCUUGCUUCACUUCACAACUAGCAUUGCCAUGGCCUUCGGCAAGCGAUCCGGCAAAAAGCUUGCCGAAACACCCAUUCUGGCGGAUCGUCAAACCCGCGCCGUGUUGGCUGGCCGGCUGCAGCCGGGGAAGAAUCUCAUCGGUUACCCCACCCGGCCGGCAACAAGCCCCACACUCUCCGAUCGGCGACCCCACUCGGCUGCGCCGUGUAGCCGAUGCCCCGACCUUCCCGUCAUCACCGGGUCCGAAUCAACGAUGACUUUUGGUUUUUCGCAGUACCACGCCUAGCGCUUUGAUACUUUUCUACUGUCAUCGUGGACGGUGUCAUAAGACCGAUGACCUCGAAACGUCCACCACUCACAUACCUGAUCAGGCCCGGCUCCGACACGGGGCAAGUAGCUG